UGCUCUCUCAGUGAAGAAGAUGCCUCUCCAGUCCUCUCUGUCUGGCAGGGGGUCCAACUCGACUAAGGCCUUGGACACGCAGUCGGAUGGGAAGUCGUUUGAUCAGCUGAGAAAUGAGUGUUUGCAGAAUGGGGUGCUGUUUGAGGAUCCAGACUUCCCAGCUGUCGAUUCCUCUCUCUUCUUCAGCCAGAAUGUACCUGUCAACAUUGAAUGGAAAAGGCCCCCGGUAAGCCCUGCUUCAGUUUCAUAUCUUUAAGUCUUGUAUUGGAAGUUUUGGGAGGCUUGGAUGAUGCUCUGGUCAUCGCUAAUCCAAAGAAGUGAACGGGUUGUGACGGAGGGCAGUGUUUAAAUGCCCUGAUGGGACUUGGAAUCAGAUGAAUGAAUGAAAUGUUGAGAUUUUGCAAAGCAGUAAGAAUCUAAUGAGGUUUUAUUUCAAACCUGUUGACUCUUUAGAGAUGGAUCACCACUUUCUUAAAAGUCAUUGUUGUAUUUUGGUAUAAAAUCGCUCUAAUUUUCUGAUGUUCCAGGCACUGAAAGGUACGGUUUGGUAUGACCUGAUAAAUGAAAACCAACACCAAAGCCUCCUCUUAGGUCUGACAUAUGUAGAGAUCAAUCAGUGGCAUUAUUGUACUGACUUAACUUUUAUUUGUACUUAGUUUUAUUACUUUAACACAAAAUAAGCUAUAAGUGUCAAUCCAGUCUUUGCUGCAAAACCAGUUCUGCUGGAAAACAGUGUAAAUAAAGCCAAGUGCAGGGACAGCGUCUCCACUCUGAGCUCCUUAUGCAGACUUUAUCCCCCCACACCUUGCUGUUAUCUGCUGCCGUGGGACACUCUGCAGCUGAUUGAAAAGUUGAUUUAUUGUGUUCCAGCUGAUCAGCAUUUAGAUUUGCAGAUGUUUUCUGUCCAAAGUUGUUGUGUGACACCACUCCACUCUGAAAAUGACAGUUUCACAGCUGGCACAUUAAAUUGUUGAAAUGCCUUCCGCGCUGACCUACACUGAGUAAACUGAAAAACUAAUCAUUCAUACUCGUUACAAUGACAUUUCUGUCUUGGGCGUUACUUCAGAGUAAAUGCUUCAGCUGCCUUCAGUUGGUGUGUAGUCUUUUUUGUUGUGCUUGUUCCACUGACUGGGAUUUCAGGCUGAUUAAUAUGCCAGGAAUGUGAACACACCUAUUAAAGGCACCUGUGUCACCUCUUAACAGUCAUUCUUUGUGUUUUACUAAAUAAACCAACCUGUUUUUUUCUUCCUGUUCUCCAGGAGAUCUGCCAAAACCCAAAGUUCAUCGUCGGCGGUGCUGACCGGACGGACAUCUGCCAAGGACAGCUUGGUUAGUAUUCAAGUUAUCUGCAUCUUUUUGCCUCUUAUAUGCUUAUACUUUACUAGUUUACCCACUAUGCACCUGUUGCACCUGUUUUUCAUCAUAGGGGACUGCUGGCUCUUGGCAGCCAUUGCAUCAUUGACACUCAAAAAAGAUACCCUGGCCCGGGUUGUCCCCCACGAUCAGGAUUUUGAUCGCAGAUAUGCUGGCAUCUUCCACUUCCAGGUACACUUCAAACUGAUUGAUGAUAAUACGCCUGAGCAGAGGAGGUUCAGGGGUUGACUUCGGCUUCUCUUGAUUAAGUCUGAUAGGCUCCAAAAUCAAAAAGGGGACCAAAUUAUACCUGAAAACAGAAAAAUAGAUCACACAGAUGAAUGAUGCAUGAAUGUUAACUGUCUUAUAACUGCAUUAACUACAACCUAGCUGUUCGUUAACUGUACAUCAACUGUAAGCUAAAUCUCCACUUACUGUGUUUUUACUGUAGCUUACUGUAAAUUUACUGUAUGUCAACUGUGCAUCAAACUUUAUGCAAACUCUACAUUUACAGUGAGCUUCUCUUAAUCCAACCGAAUGUUAACUCAAUGUUUAGUUUAGGCUAACUGUUUAUUUCAUACAACCAUGCAUUAAUCCGUUACCCCGAUUCAAACUACUAGACCACUUUCUUUUUCUGCUCUUGGAAACAAAUAUCUGUAAAUGUCUUAUCAUCAAGGCCUUACCACAGCAGCCCAGUUAUUUAACUGACCCUCUGUGUGCCACGGUUACGAAAGUGGAUAAGAGUGUUUUUCUGACAGAUUUAUGUGUAUCUGUUGUAGUUCUGGCAGCACAACAAAUGGCUGGACAUUGUGGUGGAUGACAGGCUGCCGUCAGUGAGAGAUAACCUCAUCAUGCUUCAUUCUGCCUCCAACAACGAGUUCUGGAGUGCCCUGCUGGAGAAAGCCUAUGCCAAGUAACAACACCAAUUUAUUUCUAACCUCCCAGAGUCACAAAUAAUUAACAUAAAAUAACUAACUUUCAUAAUCCACUGAACAAUUGUAAUCUGAAAGUUUAUGCUCUGGCACAUGUGCAGUGAUCAGCUGCAGUUUCAAGUAUGAUUGGAGUAUCAAUGCCUAAAGUUCAGUCAAGUGUGGCAAAUUUCAGACUGCAGGUUUUAAUGAGGACAAAAUUACAUAAAAAUCAUUCCAACAUAUUCACCUAGAAAAGCACCUGAAGAAAUACCUUUGCUGCAAAAGAUCCUUUAAAGUCCCACUUUGAUCAUUUUACUACUUAAAGUGUUCUUAGUGGUCUUUAAAUUGUGGUUAUGAAGUUUUUAGCCAAAAUAGCUUCACCUGUGUCGUUUUCAAGGACUUUUCUUCUGCAGAGCUCCAGUAGAUCAUUAGCAAUUCACCUCUGAGUCGUAGAUGUAGACAUUGUGCUCUGCCCACUCCUCUUCACACUAGCUUGCAUCCUAACAUUGCCGGUGUUGUAACAGUAGCAAGUAAAUGGGAGCUUUUCAGCUCUCAGACACUAAUGUCUUAAUGGGACAUGAUGAAAGCUAAUAUCAUAAUUAGCUUUCUUACGAGCAUUGCAAUCCACUACCACACACACUUGUUCUGCGAUCGCCCUCUCUAUUUCUUGCAGUCUGGCCUGCAUAUCGGAGCUCCACGGGCGGAGCUUGGAAUUGUGAUGUAAGAAAUCUCACUGUAUCUGAGCCUGCCGUUUGGGUCUGGCAGAGAUUCACAGCAGUUUUAAUGCAGAAAUACUCAGAAAUUCAAUUUCUCACUUAUUUUCUUAUGAUAUGUCCUGUAGCAUCAGAAAAAUGCUGUAACUUUUUUUUUUUCAACAAGAAAAAAACAAGAAAAACACGAUUUUCAUUGGAGUGGGUCUUUAAAAAUGAACCGGGAUUAGAUAUUCACUCCCCGAUUUGUUCAGCCCUGAGUGGUAAAUUUUAAAUUGACUAGAACCAGAAUUAAAGUGUUCGGUUCAUUAAUGACAAACACAAUCUAAAACUUAAGAAUGAAAGCGAAACAGUUUUAUUCAUUUUCCUUUGUUUUUCCAGAUUGCACGGCAGCUACGAGUCCCUGAAGGGCGGCAGCACCAUGGAGGCCAUGGAGGAUUUCACUGGUGGUGUAGGGGAAGUGUACGAGACCAAGAAUUCUCCAGAUAACCUGUUCGGCAUCAUGAAGAAGGCUCUGGACAGAGGCUCUAUGAUGGGCUGCUCUAUUGAUGUAAAAACUUUGACCUUAAAGAAAAUAUUUUUGAUUUACUUCAAAAACUCAAAUCUCAGCAAGUGUUUUUGUUUUUUUCCAGACAAAGUCUUUUCAAGUUUAAUUUGAGCCUUAUCCAACCAACAAGUCAAAAAGAAUAUACUGUCUCAAGAUACUUGUUACCGCAGCCCCCAAAUAAGAGAUACAGACAACACUUUAGCUUCUUUGUUUUACAGCUUUCUGUGAUUUUUGUUCUUCUCCAGAUCUCCAGCUCUGCAGAGUCUGAAGCCAAGACGUCCACUGGUUUGGUGAAAGGACAUGCUUACUCCAUCACAGGCGUGGAAGAGGUAGGACACACAUGUACUGUAUAUGAAGUAGAGGCUGUGGUGUGGUCAUGCCACAGAUGAAAAAUGUUGCAGAAGCAUCCUCCACUAACAGAAAAAAAAACUAUAAAAUACUCUCUGUGGCACCAUUUAAGUGGAAGACAUGAAAAAAUGCACUAAAAGCUGCUCUUCUAUGAGAUAAAAUCUAAAACGUGCCCUAUGUCCUUUGAGAGAAUAAAACAGGAUAAAAAGUUCCCUUUCAGAUGUCCCUCCUAAUUGUCCGUUAUAAUCAUUUCAAUCUCCUCCAAAUUAUUGUAUAUAUUUACCAGAAUACUCCAGUUUGAGACAGUCCAAAUUUCUUUCCCCAGUUCUCCUGGUCAUGAAACCUUCUGUUAGUUUAGUUUUCUCCUCGUGUUGUUUAUGGUGUGUAUUUUCCAUGUAUUUCCCCUAGUGUUUCUGUUCCUUAUUGUACCUGUUGUCUUGUGAGUUCUCAGUUUGUGUCUGACCCCGCUUCCCUCAUGUUCCCUUUUAUUCUUUAGAUCAGUUUUCACUGUUUCCUGUUUUAUUUUUGUAGUAGUCCAUCCUUGUGUGUAUAGUCUUGUUUUACUUCCUCAGUUUUCCCUCCUUAGUAAUUGUCCACACCUGUGUCUCAGUGUCUCACCUGCCUCUCAUUUCCCUGUGUGUAUAUAUAGUCCCUGUAUUCCUCUGUUUCUUAGUUGGUUCAUUCCGUCACAUGCCAGGGUUAAACAAAAGAAAAAACGACCCAAAUGCAGAACAAAAAAUGAUUUAUUAAAAAGAAUGAAAUAAAAAGCAGCAAAAACUUACUUCCAAAUGUCCAACCAAAAGAAAUCCAAGUAAAGACACUGGGGAAAUAAUCACAAGGAACAACUGGGGACACAUCGACACACAAUGAACGACUUUCAAAAUGGAUUUAUAAUGGAUCAGGAAUGUGCAAGCUGAGGUUUAAGCUGUAGAGGGAUUUUAGUUUGAAUUCUCAGUUCAAAUAGAUAAAAACUGAACUCUCAUUUGAUCCUCAGGUGAACUACAGAGGGAGGAAGGUCAAGCUGGUCCGGGUCAGAAACCCCUGGGGUCAGGUGGAGUGGAACGGCCCCUGGAGCGACAAGUAAGCAUUGAGUGAUUAUUUCAAAAUGACUAUUUAAACAGCUGAAAAAGAAGGGUUAUAAAUUUUGCCGUCGUAUGACUUGAGACUUAGAUUUGACUUCAUGGCAAAUGAGUUCAAACAAAGAAGCAUUAUCGGAUUUUUCUUCUAAUCAUUUUAUCGGCUGUUUCAGAUCUGGAGAGUGGGAUUACGUCGACCAGUCUGAAAAAAAUCGCAUCCUGCAGAGAUCAAACGACGAUGGAGAAUUCUGGUGAGUCUGCAGCACCCAAUCAGUGAGCAAUAUUCGAUUGAGGGGAGUGUCUGUCAAUGAAAAUCUCAACCAUAUCCUGUCCCAUUGCGCCUCUGAUUUCCCUCCUCACUCUUCAAUCCUCUCCCCCUCAAGUCGAUUUUAACAGAGUUGUUCUCAUAGAAGUAUCAUUUUCAUGAAGUUGUGCACGUUUUUUGAAGGAUGGAGUUUGAAGACUUCAAGAGAAACUACGACAAAGUGGAGAUCUGCAAUAUGACCCCUGACUCCCUCACUGACAACUCAACACGCCACUGGGAGGUCAACAUGUUUGAGGGCAGCUGGAUCCGUGGCUCUACUGCUGGAGGCUGCAGGAAUUUCAUCGGUACGUCAACCAGAUUAAACUCUUUCAGCAUAAGAAGCGCACUGUUGAAGAUAUUUACAGACUGCACACAGAAAAAAGGGAGCUGGUUGACUUGGGUUGUAAUUUUGAAUCUCUGAUCUGCAGACACAUUUUGGACAAACCCGCAGUUUAAGCUGCAGCUGGAGGACGCCGAUGACGAUGACGAUGUCUGCAGCGUAGUCAUUGCUCUGAUGCAGAAAAACAGGAGACAGCUGAGGAAGGAAGGCCUGGACCUGGAGACCAUCGGCUUUGCAGUGUACAAGGUCAGACAGGAUUCAAACACUCUCUCUGCUUUGCUUCACCUUUAAUGUAUGUAACGACUCUUUUUAACAUACAAAACUGUGAGAUACAUCAAAAGUCUUUUCCUGGUAUGAACAACGUGCCAAGAGAUGAAGUAUUGCAUGAUCUGCGAAGGUGGUUUUAAUCAGAUGACCCAAGUUCCUCAUGUUGACAGUUGACACGUGAAAACUUUAAUUUCAUGACAAAUUCCAGGAUAACUUUGUCCUCUAAACAUUUGACCUUAUCCUAGUAACAUUACAGUUUAAUUCAAGUAUCUUUACAACUUUUAUUCUCACAACAGUCCAAAUUUUAUUUUUGUAAAGUUUAUUCUUCUUAAAAAACUUGACCUCACACUGACCGCCAGCCAAUGGUUUCAGACGUUUAAAAUAGUCAUGGUCGCUGCUCUUGUUGACUUUUUUUGUUGUUGAUCUUUUAGGGUCAUGAAAGGACAUCAAUUUUGAUUUCAUUCUGUUUUAUAACCAGCUAAAAACUCCAAAUGGAAGCUUUAAUUUGACACUUAUACCAUAUUGUUCUCAUAAUUAUAGCUCUGUGUUCAAUAUCAAAUUCAACAUUAUGCCAUUUGCCUAAAAACUUGAUAUCAAAGCUGCAAAACCACUGGAUGUUGUGUUAGCUUGAAUAGCAAGGGGCUGAGUACUGAACCCAGGGGGACACCUUUAUCAAGAAUUAGAUUCAAGUUUUUUUAAAGUAUUAUCUUUCCAUUUAGGCUCCAGAAGAGGACGAUGACCAGCAGGGAAAAGAUUUCUUCCGUUACAACGCAUCCAAGGCUCGCAGCAGGACCUACAUCAACAUGCGGGAGGUGGCAGAGCGCUUUACACUCCCCCCUGGGAAAUAUUUGCUGGUUCCCACCACCUUCCAGCCCCACCAUGAGGCAGACUUCCUCGUCAGGAUCUUCUCUGAGAAGAAAGCCAAUGCUCUGUGAGUAUUAACUUACAUUUAUGAUUGUUAGAGUCAGUCAGUUCUGGCAAGCACCGAAAUAAGAAAUGAUCAAAGGGAUAUGGAGAAAGCAAAAAAUAUGGGCUUGCUUUACUUGCUUUGCAUUAAGAAAUGUCAAAACAAAUUGGCCACAUGACUUUGUUUGAUUUUUGAUUUUCAUUUGAAAACAGCAAAAGGUCGGUAAAGUUUUGUAAAAAGUAAUCACUGCAAAAAAUCAAAGACAACAGAAGGAGAUAAAAUAUUUAAAGCAGAGACAGUUAAAAUAAGGAGGAUCAGAAAUUAGUGUUUGAGGUUGUUUUGCUGGUAUUCAUGUCGUAAGCUUGAGUUUUUGUAGAGCAAACAGUAUUUAGAGCACAAAAACAAAAGUAUUUUCUUGGUGUUGAUUUAAGGAACCUGUAGAGUGAGUCCUAACUGGUUUACUUUACUUGUUCCUCAGAAGCAUUGUUUUAAAUCCUUGUUUUGAAAGGCGCAAAAAAACAAAACAAAAAAAAACAAAGUCAUUCUCCUUUUUUUUUAUAGUUUCUGGGCUAUCCUAUUGUGCCCCCUUGUUGUCAAAAUCGGAGUUAAAAAUGGCUCCAAAAGUCAAGGUUUUACCUUUCUAGUUAAAGGCAGUUUGAUUACAGCUGCUGCACCAGAAAAUGUUUCUUUGCUGACCUUACUUUUUUGGUCAACAGGGAGAUGGGGAGCAACGUUGAUGCUGACCUGCCAGAUGUAAGUAGAUCUUCCAGAAACCUAUAACCUGUCAUCCGUCGAAUUACUGUGCCCCUGUGUGCUGAUCGUACUGAUGCUGUGUUGUUCCCACUAGCCGCCCAUGCCCAGCACUCCAGAGGAGGAAACAGACGAGGAGAAAGGCCUGAGGAGGCUGUUCGAUCAGCUCGCCGGAGACGUAAGGAACAACAUUUUAUAUUCAGGGGAUGAGUGUGAGUCACACUAACUUUUAGAGGUGUGAUGUGUGAUUAGACAACUCCCUAAAAGUUCUACCCUACAAUUCUGUCUUCUCCACAGGACAACGCAAUCGAUGUCAGAGAGCUACAGCAGAUGUUGAAUGGUGUCCUCAGCAGAAGUAAGUGACAAGAAACACUGAAAUAUCCUUACAUUUUCUGGUCUGAUUACAGUUAAAUUUUUCUCCCUUUUUUAAGUUCGAUCAACUACCCUUUUGUGAAUCCUCAUUUGAGACUUUUUGUGGCACAAACACUGACUGGUAAAUCUGGCAUGCUGUACAGUAUGGCGUUCCUCUGGGCUUCGUGUGAGGUCCUCUACAGUUUGCAUUUUUAGUCUUCUACCAGGAGCAAAUAGUUAUUUAAUCUUUUUAAUGACUAUGCCGAGUUAUUGUUGUUUCUUCCCAGAGCGAGGAGAUUAAGUGCAAAAGGAAUUGGCCCAAGAAUAGAACCUUGGCCACUUGUCAGGGGAGGCAGGAUAUGAUAGAGAGCCCCCAAGUUUUACUAAAGAAACUUCUCUCUGACAGAAAAGACAAAGUUCAAGGCAAAAUCACCAGAGUCUGAGGUCAAUAACAGAUUAUAAAACAGUGUUAAAAGGUUCGAAUCUGUGCUUUGAAAAACUCUAAACCAGACUGGAAAACCUCAAGAAUGCCACACUCAUCUAAAAACGACUGUUGCUGAAUGAGAACAGCUUUGAUAAAAUAAAAAAAAUAAAAAAAGUAGUUUGUGUUUGUUUGUUUUUUUUUUAUUUCAAAGGGGCAAAUGAAAAUACUGACAGCAUAUUUGUGAUUUUUAUGCCUCUUUAAAAAUAUUUCGUUGUAUAACCUCCACUCCUCUAUUAAUUCUGUUUGCAGGAAAAGAAAUCAAAUUUGACGGCCUGAGUCUGAACACCUGCCACAGUAUUAUGAACCUGAUGGACGUAUCCUUUCACAUCAACUGAGUAUAAUUGUAAUGCCAGGGCUUCUGUUUUGUGCCCACCACUUGAUUUUUAGAAAACCAUUUUCAUUAUUUCAUCAGAACUUCAGGUCUUAACUUCCCAGCAGCAGUUUGUGGCACUCAGAGUGAGAUAUGAACCUGCUCAGAGGAAACCCCAAAAAGAUUUCAGAAUAAAAGCUGUAAUAUUCUCUCCACUGCAGUCUUAUAAUGAGGGUUUGAAAUCCACAGAUAGAGGAGGUUUUUUCCUUGACAGAGAACCAGGUGGACAACACAGGGAUGAUGGAGUUUCAGGAGUUUAAGGUCUUCUGGGAAAAGAUGAAGAAGUGGAUUGUAAGUCAAGUUUCAUGUGAUGAUACUAUAAAUCAGGGAUGAAAUACUCUCUUACAAAGCUUCUGUAGUGAAACUAAAAUACAAAAACUAUCAGCAUUAAACUCUACAUUUAAGUGUUGUACAAUAAUAAUGUUGUCAUGCAAAAUCAGAGUAAAUGUGGACAGCUUGUUUUUUUUAAUGUCUUUUUAUAAACACUCUUUUAGUCAUAGUUCUGGUCCAAUUAGCUGUUUGGUUUGUUGUGUGGUCGUGUAUUUUUUGCGCCUCAGCUUUUGUUGAUGUUAAACUCUUCUUGUUGCAGAUGCUCUUCUUGUCCUUUGACACGGAUCGUUCAGGGAAAAUGUCGUCGUACGAGCUUCGUAUCGCUCUCAAAGCUGCAGGUGAGAAUUGAAAAAGGUUUGAACUUAGUGCAUGAGAAGUGAAGUCUGACUUUUCAAGAUUUCUUUUUUUUUUUUUUUUUUUAAUUCUGCAGAAAAAAAGAAAAUUUAGAGAAAACAGAAUUCUGAGAUCAAAGUCAAAACUCUGUUAUUUAUCCCAGAUCCAAAUAAUCAGUCAGAGUCCUCAAAUUUAGACUGAAUGAAUGUUUUUUUGUAAUCUCAAGAUUAAAGCCAGAAUUUAGAGUUUGAUCACAGGAUAAAAUUAAAAAUUUAGUUAUUUCUUUUGAAUUGUCUUCUGUUGUUGUUUUGGACAAUUCUGUUUUUUUUUGUUUUUUUUUUAUUAUAGAAUUUUGAAAAAGUUGUACCUUAACAGGAUAUCAUCAUUAACCCAGAUGAACUUCUUUGACAGUAUAUGUGCAGUCCACUCAAACAUAUAUUUUUAAAUGUAAUUACAUGUUUUCAGCAUCAUUAAUUCAUUUAGCGGGACUUCUGCAUAUGAGUUGUAUAUAUUUUCUUUAUUCAAAUUGAAAACUGCUGUAAAAGUUUUUUCUGUGCUGGUUUUAAACCGAGACAUGAAUGAUAUUCAAAAGUGGUAAAAGUUCUCACUCAAGUAUUCAUGUUGUUACAGCUCAACAGAAACAGAAGAUUUGUAAAUUCUGUGAAUGACUCGAUGUUUUACUUUCAUACCUUUAUGGUCUGUAUGCUCACACCGCUGCUUUGCUCCCCUGCAGGCAUGCAUCUGAACAACAAGCUCCUGCAGCUGGUCGGCCUCAGGUUUUCUGACUCCAAAUACGACAUUGACUUUGACGACUACCUCACCUGCAUCGUCCGACUGGAGAACAUGUUCAGUAAGUCACAAAAAAACAAAAUACAAAAUCCAGAUUCUCAGCUCAGAUUGCAGCAAAUCUGGACAUUUGAUUCUGACUUUCCGGGAGUUUCCUGUCACUUUGUGCUGACUAAAAAUUAUUUUCUUCACCAGGAGUUUUCCAGGCCAUGGAUACCUUGAAAAGGGGCCGUGUGAAAAUGAACAUAAUGCAGGUAAAACCACAUUUGUGUCUUUUAAUCCCCACAGUCUCCAGUGUGUUUUUUACUGCAGUUCCAGAGCUUUGCUUUGCUUCAUGGUUGUGACCUUUCAGUUUGAGCUUCAUAAACUGAGCUUGUUUUAUCCUUUCCUUUCAGUUCCUGAUGUUGUCGAUGAAUGUCUGAGGAGAACGGACUGACGCCACCAGAAGAACAAAGCGAGAGCCGGCAGUUAUGGUGCAUUUAUGGAUUUUCUUUUUCAUACAACAAAUUCUCUACACCUAUCUCUUUUUUAAGUGAAAUAAUAUGAAAUAUUCUCUGUGCUGAAGUGUUGGAACAUGG